GAGCCCGGCGUUAGCUGCGUGGUCUUGGGUUCUUUUAGCAACUGUGAGUGCUGUAUUUUACUGAAGAAAGGAAAGGGCCUUCCCAACAUGUCUUAUCCAAACGACGAUCUCGACGACUAUGACCCGUAUAGCUAUCCCAGUGACUACGACUUACACACUGGUGACCCUAAAGCUGACCUGGCCUAUGAGCGUCAGUAUGAGCACCAGCAGACCUACCACGUCAUUCCUGAGGUGAUAAAAAACUUCCUGCAGUAUUUUCAUAAAACCAUCUCCGACCUCAUCGACCAGAAGGUCUACGAGCUGCAGGCUAACCGUGUGUCCAGUGAGAGCAUCGAGCAGAAGAUCUACGAGAUACAGGACGUCUACGAGAACAGCUGGAAUAAGCUGACCGACCGUUUCUUUAAGACCUCUCCCUGGCCAGAAGCUGAAGCCAUCGCGUCUUUAGUGGGCAAUGACGCCGUAUUCCUGAUUCUCUAUAAGGAGUUGUAUUACAGGCAUAUUUAUGCCAAAGUCAGCGGAGGCCCAACUCUGGACCAGAGAUUUGAAUCCUAUUACAAUUACUGCAAUCUUUUCAACUACAUUCUCAAUGCCGAUGGCCCCGCCCCACUGGAACUGCCCAACCAAUGGCUAUGGGACAUCAUUGAUGAGUUCAUCUAUCAGUUCCAGUCAUUCAGUCAGUACCGCUGUAAAACUGCAAAGAAGUCCGAGGAGGAGAUUGAGUUUCUGAGGAACAAUCCAAAGAUCUGGAACGUUCACAGUGUGCUGAAUGUUCUCCACUCUCUGGUGGACAAAAGCAACAUUAACCGACAGCUGGAGGUGUACACCAGCGGGGGAGACCCAGAGAGUGUGGCAGGGGAGUAUGGACGUCACUCUCUGUAUAAGAUGCUGGGUUAUUUCAGUCUGGUGGGCCUGCUACGCCUACACUCUCUGCUGGGAGAUUACUACCAGGCCAUUAAGGUCCUGGAAAACAUCGAACUCAACAAAAAGAGCAUGUACUCUCGUGUGCCUGAGUGUCAGAUCACCACCUACUACUAUGUGGGCUUUGCCUACCUGAUGAUGCGGCGUUACCAGGACGCCAUUCGAGUGUUUGCUAACAUCCUGCUCUACAUCCAGAGGACCAGGAACAUGUUCCAGAGAUCCACCUACAAAUACGAGAUGAUUAACAAGCAGAAUGAACAGAUGCAUGGUCUGCUGGCCAUAGCUCUGACCAUGUACCCAAUGCGCAUCGACGAGAGCAUUCACACACAGCUCCGAGAGAAAUACGGAGACAAGAUGCUCCGCAUGCAGAAAGGAGACCUGCAGGUGUUUGAGGAGCUCUUUAGUUUUGCCUGUCCGAAAUUCCUCUCUCCUGUGGUGCCCAACUAUGACAACGUUCAUCCAAACUACCACAAAGAGCCGUUCCAGCAACAGCUCAAAGUCUUUGCUGAAGAAGUCCAGCAACAAGCUCAGCUCUCUACCAUCCGCAGUUUUCUGAAGCUGUACACCACCAUGCCUGUGGCUAAACUGGCUGGUUUCCUGGAUAUGAGUGAACAGGAGUUCCGCAUCCAGCUGCUGGUCUUCAAACACAAGAUGAAGAACCUGGUUUGGACCAGCGGCAUCUCCGCUCUGGAUGGAGAGUUUCAGUCAGCGUCUGAGGUCGACUUCUACAUCGACAAGGACAUGAUCCACAUUGCUGACACCAAGGUGGCCCGUCGCUAUGGCGAUUUCUUCAUCCGACAGAUCCACAAGUUUGAGGAGCUGAACCGUACGUUGAAGAAGAUGUCCACCACAGGCUCCACGGGUUCAGCUUCAGGAAGCACCUCAACGCGUGGAACAUAAGCCUCACCAACCAAUCAGGAGCCCCUCUGACCAAAUGAAAUGAUCCAAUAAACAACCACCAGCUCCCCCCUAUCCAACGUCAGUGCUCACCAACCAUCGAGGAGCUCCGCUAACCCAGCUGUAGUUUGGGCCGUGUCCAGUCUGAAUUUGAUGAUUUUGGUGGGGUCAGUUUAUUUUAUUAACCCUUCUAAAUCAUCGAAACGACCCAUUCAACUUUUGUAUGUAGAAACAGCAAAAAUAAUAAAAGCUGAAACGACA